AUGGCAGCUCCCAGAGAGGCGGCCGGAGCCGCGGCGUUCCGUACGGCGGGGCCCGCGCCACCGGAAGCGCACGCCCUUCCGCCCAGCCACCGGAAGUCCCCAUUUGAAACGGAGGCGGCCGGCUCCGAGGGCGCCGCGGCGGUUGCGGCGCCGGGUGUCGGGAAGGAGAGCGGCGCGGACGGCGGGCGGGAGUGGCCCGCGCCGGGGGCCCAGCCGGGCGGCCUCGCCAGCAUGACCAGCGCGGCCAAGACGCUGCCCGCCGCGCAGCCCGCCUCGGCGCCCGGCGGAGGCCUGCCCUCAGAUCCACAAACUAGAGCUACUUUUAAGAGUCUCUUACCUGUUAAAUCCAAAGAAGUUGAUGUGUCCAGAUAUCUUCAUUCAGGAGGUUCAGAGAGUGAUAUUGCAAAAGUCACCAAACCAAAACGAGAUAACGGGCAGAUGAAAGCUGCAGAGACUGCUACCAGGAAAACCCUUCGAAAGGGCUACAAGCCACUUGGUAAACAAAGGUCGGAGGAAGAUCUCAAGGAUAAGAACCAGCUUUUAGAGACUGUCAACCAGCAGUUGCACCAGAAGUUGACUGAAACUCAGGAAGAGUUGAAGGAUCUGACUCAGAAGGUGGAGCUGCUGGAGAGGUUCCAGGACAACUGCUUAGCAAUUUUGGAGAGCAAGGGCCUCAACCCAGGCAGUGAUACCCUGGCUUCACAGCAAGGACUCACUACGGAUCACUCGGACUCUAUGUUGCUGUUAGAAACGCUGCAAGAUGAGCUGAAGCUUUUUAAUGAAACGGCCAGGAAGCAGAUGGAGGAGUUGCAGGCCUUAAAAGUAAAGUUGAAGAUGAAAGAAGAGGAAAGGAUCCGAUUCCUGGAACAGCAAACCCUGUGUAAUGAUCAAACCAGUGACAUUACAAUAGCCUUGGAGGAAAUGGAGCAGCUAUUAGAAAUGUAAUAAAAGGCAAGUGGCCAGGAGGCUCCUGCUUGGGGUAAACUCUCAGAGGAGCCAUGUAGGAUAUCUUGUUGGCCAUAAUCUUUUUGGACUCUCCAGCCCCGAUUUGAUAACUGUUUCUGCAGUAGGAUUAAGGGCAACUUCUACUGAAUGGGAGUUCCUCUUGUAAGCAAUUUGCCGUAGCUUUGGGUUGGUCAGCAUUUCUGAGCUUCACUUGUAGGUAAUGGAGGCCCACGCAGGGAUCCCGGAGGCUUGACUCCACCUCCUAGGCCAUAAAGCACCCUACCAUUAGAAUCAGGAGACUUAACCAGCUACCGCCGAAGAAUCUAGGAAGUCACAGUCAGAUCUGUAGGAAGCAACCCUUAAUUACAGUGGAGCAGAGGUGCACGCAGGAGACAUCUUUAAGUCAUGGACAGAAUAGUACUUCACUGUCAAUUUAUGAACUUGGAGUUGCAAAUAAUACAUCUUGGAGCUUUUCAUCCAAAUCACAUCUGUCUGUUUGUUUUUAAGUACUACUUUUGAAAUAAAUAUUUUAAAUAUUCUGACU